AGAGGGUCGGUGACCUGGGAGUGCGUGGGUGUUGGGAUGCGCUCCAUUGUACUGGGGUAGCGUGAAGCGGGCCGAACCGCAGAACCCGCGCGUGCCUCAGGAGCCAUGUGGUCAGCUGAUGAAAUUGCUGAGCUGUGUUACCAGCAUUAUAGGACCAGACUCCCUAAGCAGGGGAAACCAGAUCCAAACAGGGAAUGGACUUCAUUGGCAGCUGUUGUCAAAGUGGAGUCUGCAACCCAGGGAGAAGUUCUGGCUAGUCCAGGGAAUAUGCAGGUAAUGAAGGAAGUUGUUGCUAUGGGAACUGGAACAAAAUGUAUUGGCCAAAACAAAAUGAGAAAAACUGGAGACAUUCUGAAUGACAGUCAUGCUGAAAUUAUGGCCAAGAGGAGCUUCCAGAGGUAUCUUCUCCAUCAGAUGUGUCUGGCAGCUUCCCAUCAGCAAUGCAGUAUCUUUAUUCCAGGAAUUGAAACUGGGAAAUGGAAGCUCAAACCAAAUACCAUAUUUGUUUUCUUCACCAGUCAUACACCAUGUGGAGAUGCUUCUAUUAUUCCAAUUAGUGAACCAGAAAACCAGCUUUCUAAACCAGUGACUGGAGAUGAUGCAGCUGAACACUUAGUGGACAGGAGUAACCAUGGUCAUUUUGGCCCAGAAGAAAAAAGGAAAUCAGAUAAAAUGCCAAGUAAUCAUGAAAUGAAGAAAAUUAAAAUUGAUUAUGAUGGUUCUUUUUCCAGAAGCACUGAAGACCUUGAUGUUCAGCAAGUAUCUGUGGAACGAGGAGACAACACAAAUCCAAACAGCAGUGAAUGUUCUGCAGCGAUGCAAACAACUAAUAAGGAGACUGGCUUAGGGAGACCAAAAGUACUAGAUGUUUAUAGAACUGGAGCAAAAUGUGUGCCUGGAGAGCUGGGUGAUACCCAAAUACCUGGGCUAGGGUAUCACUGUGUGGGUUUGUUACGAGUAAAGCCAGGUCGUGGGCACAGAACAUGUUCUAUGUCCUGCAGUGAUAAGAUGGCUCGUUGGAAUGUGUUAGGGUGUCAAGGAGCUCUUCUUAUGCAUUUCCUGCAGUGCCCAGUGUAUCUGUCAGCAAUUAUAGUGGGGAAGUGUCCAUAUAGCCAAGAAGCCAUGCGGAGAGCAAUUGUUGAAAGGUGUCAGCACAUCUCCCUUUUACCAGCUAGUUUUCUUACUCAGGACGUUAAGCUGCUGCAGUCAGAUCUUCAAUUUGAACACAGCCGCCAGGCAAUUCAGCAAGUUCAAGCUAACAGCAAAACAAAACUUGUUCCUUGUGGUGCAGCUAUCAGUUGGAGUGCAGUCCCUGAGCAACCUCUGGAUGUCACCUCAGAUGGCUUCCGGCAGGGAACAACAAAGAAGGGGAUUGGGAGCCCUCAGAGCAGAUCCAAGAUCUGUAAAGUAGAACUCUUCCAUACAUUCCAAAAGCUGGUGGCAAGUAUUUCACAAGAGGAUCUACCAGACACGCUCCGGAUGAAGACUCUAAAAACCUACUGGGACUACAAGGAAGCUGCACUGAAUUAUCAAGAAGCCUGGAAAGUGCUACGUGGCCAAGCCCUGCUGGGUUGGGUCAAGAAUGCCAAGGAAUACCUGCACUUCACAUAAGAGUACAGAAGGCUCUGCAGUUCAAGGGCCAGGAAAAGAUGUCUUCUAGUUAUGUGUUGUAAGGAGACAGGAGUGAAAAGGAAAACUAUAGGGAUGUCUUUUUUGAUUGAGGUGAAGCCCCUUUUAAUUGAAAUAUAGAAAAGGAUGACUGCAGUGACUUGUAUGAAGCAGUAUGCCUCCAAAAGGGCUGAAGCAGUGAUAAUGCUGUCCUCUGUUAACUGAGGAUAUGAUCUAUCAGCCGUAGUCCAUUGCAACAGAAGUAAAUUGAAAUUGUAGUAGUGCUAUGGAAGAAAGCUGUCACUGUAAAUUUCUUUUUUUCACUCUUCAUGAUGUUGUGGUUAUUUUUGUGUUGCUGGGACAACCUUAAUGUAUAGUACGUAAUAUUUUUAUAACUCUUGGUUCUUGUCUGGUGCUUGGAAGAAUUUUCUGUGUCCCCCAGCCCCAUUGCUCCUAACUGGAAAUAAUAAUUCUGGUAAAGGGUCUUGUUACUUUGAGUCCUUCAUGCUAGUUUCUAUUUAGUAAAUGUAGCCAAAGCAGAAGAGUGCUGGGGAGAAGACUGCAUGGAAUUACUACUACUUAGGAUAGUAUUUUCAGGAUAUUGCCAGAAACCCCUUCAACUGCUUUGCUUCUGUGAGCAGGAAAGAAACCUCCUGAAUUACCUGGUUCAAACCUGUCAAUCCUGUGUAAUUCCAGACUUCACCUACUUUUCAGUGUUUCAAGCACUGCCCAUCCCCCUGCUCCCCCGUAAUUCAUGGUUAAUUAAAAGCAGAGAUGCCAUAGCCAUUUAUGUCACAUUUUCCUGGCAAGUGUUCUUUAAUAGUCUGGCAAAGGUGAUGCUCUUGGGGGACUGGAAGUAGUCUUUGGCAGUCUUUGCCUAUAUGUUUUAUAACCAAGUAACAUCUGCAUGGCAAAGCAGUCCACAUUGCAACCUAGGGAGAGGGAGCCAGCCAGUAGGUAAUCCUCCUUAAACUUUCUGUCCCAAUUACUUUCAUUUGUAUGACAAGCAAGUUCAGGAGUAUGUAACUGCUACUGAGCACACUCCCCUUCUGUUCUUUUUCUGUUGUAAGCUACAGUUCAUAAAAUAUUUGGACAAGGCAAUGGCAGAUUGAAAGAAGUGGAUAAUUUAGAAUUUAAGAAUUCUUAAGUGAUUUGAGUUUUCUUUGGUAUCUUACUCUGGUUUUGGGUUUGAAAAACAGGCACAGCAGUUCUCAGAAAAACCUUUAUAGUCAACCUGCUGAAUAAAUACAGGACUGAACAGUACAUGCAGUGUCACAAUCUGAGAGUCAAUUACAACAACUCCUUCUACUUCAAGCUUGGGUUGACUUGUCAAAUGUGAAUAGUCCUGUCUUACUUGUUGAAGAAAUAACAAAGAACUUGAAUUCUGUGUGUAUAAGCCUGUCCUUUCAAAUCCAGCAGAAAGACCAGUUGUAUAGGUGAGGAGGGGAUUCAUUGUUUGUGUUUGUAGAGGGCAGGGGCAUUACGGAGCAUGGGGACUUGGUUAGUCAUUGGAGGAUGAAAAAUGCAGAUGGGCGACAAACGGUAGCAGUUAUUUUCAUUGAGCAAAUAGCAUUCCAAGGACAGAGUCCUGCAGUGUACCUAAAGAGAGAACCAGUAAAUUUCCAGGCUCCUGAAAUUUGUUUUUUCCCAGAAAUGUUGCAGAAACUAUAUCUUAACAUAGCUCAUUUCCCUUUGUUAAUCCACAAGGUCUGCAGUGAACCUGUUGACCAGACUGGACCGUUCCCAUUUCCUGUCCAGCUGUGAUACUAAAACAGGUUGGUAUUAAGUAAGGCUAGUUGUUGUUGUUCUGUAGUCUUGUGUCAGUCUAGUUUUCAAAUGAGCAGUUAUACAAUGUAAGCUCUUUUAACUCUUUCCUGAAAUUCGAGCCUGGCUUUAAGAAGAGAUUGUUCCUAGUAAGAUUUCAUGCUUUAUUCUAUCCCUCUCAUCAUUUUGGUGGCUUCCUUUGGACCCACUCCAACAGGUCUGUGCCUUUUCUAUAGCAAGGACUCGAGAGCUAGAUGCUGUACUCCAAGUGGGGGUCUCAACAGAACAGAAUGAAAAAAAAAAUCCCUCCCUUCACCUGCUGGCUGUGCUUCUUUUGAUGCAGCCCAGGAUACAGUUUGCUUUCUGAGCUGCAAGUGCACAUUGUCAGCUCAUGUCCAAUUUUUCAUCCCCUAGUACUGCUACGUCCUGAAGCUAUUGGUUUCAGAACCUUCAGAUAGCUCCUUAUUUCUGUCUUGUUAUCAGUAUCCACAUAUCAAAGGUUGAGAAGCUGUACAGCACCUAGUAAAUGGUAUAAGCAGCUGUAUAGUGCUUAGGAAAUGUGAUGUAUAACUUUCUGGCCAAAAAAUAAGGUAAAAAAAUGAGAGCACUGCCUGUUUGUGACAGGAUUUUUUUAUUGUACCUGUUUGUUAAUUGAGAGAGGAACAUACUAGCUCAAUUCAACAUAAUCAGCAUCUUGCUUAUUUAGGAUAAGCUAGCAAAUUCAGUGUUCCCAAGACAAAUUCAAUGGUUUUAUUUUUCUUAAACUAACACCUCAAAACAGAAUUAAUGCAUAUUAUUCUUUUUGUGUUUUAGUAGCCUAACUACUUUGCUUAUUAUUUAAUCAAUGUCAUUAUUUAAUCAAUGUGUAUCCCCCAAAGGAGUGAGGCUCUGGGAAUAUUUAAUCAUGAGAGAAAAAAAAACCACCAAAACCCACAAAAACAACAAAACUUUUUUUGAUAAUUUAACAGUCUAAUAAAACAAAACCUAUCAAUAUAUUAAGAAAUAAAUCCAGUUACAAAUGCAUGUGUAUAGAAGGAAAUUCUGUGGCUGUCAGAACACAAAAUUAUCAGCUAUUUACAAGAUACACAGCAGGAUGAUAUACUAGCCAAGACCCACCAUUCAGAAACCAAAUGUGUUCUCUCCACUGUAGGCAACAUACAAGAAUCCAUCCUCAUCUUUUUCCUUCUCAUAAAGUUGUCCCAUAGUUAAGCUUGAAGGAGAAAAAAAGAUAAAUGGUUUGCUUGGAUCAGGACAGUGGCAAAUGGUAACAGUUAGAACCUAACAUAAACAAGGGUUAAUAAAAGCUAGAAUUUCUAUGUCUCUAAAUUAAAAUACAAAAAUGAAGAUAUAUGAAAAUAAGUUGACCCAUGAAAAGCAAAAUGAUUGUGGGCUCUCAGCAGAGCCUAAGCUUUUGUUACUUCUUCACAAACCCGUUUGUCAGAAUGCUUUAUUGGCAAUUAGUAAGUGAAUGUAUUUCUGAAUCCAUUAUUGAUGCUGUGAGUAAUACCAGGAUCAAUAGGCUGAUGGCACUUUCCUUGCAUACAGCUGCAUUAACUUGUUGCUGCUUUUGUGAGAAGGAGCAUUUCUACUUCUAGCUGGUGUAGCUGUGACUGUUCACCUGGCCCCAAGUCUACCAAACUUCUUGUGCUUUUUGGACUGUUUCUUUGAGGUUCAGGUUGGUUUUGGGGGUAAAUGCUUUGUUUUCAAUAAUGGUAAAAAGCAGUGACUUAAAUUAGUGAAUUACUGAGUAGUAGAUGAACUGGAUGAGCAGAGAAGGGUACUAAGAGUGUAAUCUGUGUAAUAAACUCAGCCUAUGAGAGAAGCAGAGCUAUUAACAGAUCAGAUUUUUGUUUUAUCUGUUAACAAGUUACCAUUUUUGCAUUAAUAUUGAAGGUUCAAGGCCCUAUUUUUCCGGCAGACAUGUGACAUCUCAUCAUGAACAUGUGAGAUGAGACAAUGUGCUUUUUCUUUUUCCUUCCUGUUCCUAGCAGUUCCACAGGACUGUUAAGAUGACAUACAGGCAUUCCUAAUAGGUAUAAAAAAGCAAGCAGAAAAAGAUGGUUCUCACAGGUCUCUACUGUAUAUCACAAAGUAAAUAAAAAUAUUCUUGACUCUGGACAAGUUACCUGGAAGGCACUGUUACACAGGUAAGGAUUUAUGAGAAUAAUAUUUAUUGUAUCUAAGCCAUGUAACAUCAUAAUGUACUAUUUCUUCAGAUACUAUUAAAGUAUCUCAUACAUAAAGCAGUUGUAGUAGCUGCUUCUGCUGUUCAUUAUUCUCUAUGUAGCAGACAGCAAUUAAACUUAGUCCUAUACAAAAGCAAUGUGAAAAACCUUUCUAUAGUAAUAUAGGAUUUUAGUUAUUUUUAAAACAAGUAACAGCAACAAGUCUGUAAUCUCAUAAUUUCUUUGUGAGCUGACAGGUUAGUGGUUUUCAGAAUAAUUUAUGGUGCUUGCUUUUAAGUAUUUAAAUGCACAACUUUUUUGUUGCAUGAAGAUGAAAUUUUUUUUUUGCACUGAUGAUGUAUAUAUUCUUGCACGCAAAGAUCUAGUAACUCCAGAGCUCAUCCUAUUGCCAUGGGAAUGUAUAAUGUAUUUUUCAGUCACCUUUUCUUUCAGUCUAGCUCAAGAAGCAAGAUGUUUAUCAAACUCAGGACAAUAAAGGAGCUCUCAUUCUCA